CUCCCUGCCAGCCGCCCUCCGGACAGUCCCGGCUCGCCCGCGCGCUGCAGCCGGAGCGGCCGAGCGGAGCCCCGCGCGGGGAGGGCGCGAGUGCGCGCCAAGGAGGAAGAGGAUGGCAGGACCGAGUCCCAGCCCGUGGACCAGGCUGCUGCUGGCAGUCCUGCUGGGCGUCAGCUUCCCCGGGGAAAUGGCGAACCGCUGUAAGACAGCCCAGGUGAAGAGCUGCACGGAGUGCAUCCGCGUGGACAGGGAAUGUGCCUACUGCACGGACCAGAUGUUCAAGGAGCGGCGCUGCAACACCCAGGCAGAGCUGCUGGCUGCCGGCUGCCGGUGGGAGAGCGUAGUGGUCAUGGAGAGCAGCUUCGAGAUCACAGAGGACACCCCGAUCAACCCCAACCUGCAGCGCAGCCAGGUGUCGCCCCAGGGGUUACGGGUCCGGCUGCGGCCUGGCGAGGAGCAACACUUUGAGCUGAAGGUGUUCGAGCCUGAGAAGAGCCCUAUGGACCUGUACAUCCUCAUGGAUUUCUCCAACUCCAUGUCUGACGAUCUGGACAACCUCAAGCAGAUGGGCGAGAGACUGGCCCAGGUCCUGAGAGAGCUCACUGAUGACUACACUAUUGGAUUUGGCAAGUUUGUGGACAAAGUCAGCGUCCCUCAGACAGACAUGAGGCCUGAGAAGCUGAAGGAGCCCUGGCCCAACAGUGAUGCCCCCUUCUCCUUCAAGAAUGUCAUCAGCCUGACGGAAAACUUGGAAGAGUUUCGGAAUAAACUGCUAGGGGAGCGGAUCUCAGGCAACCUGGACGCUCCUGAAGGAGGUUUUGAUGCCAUCCUGCAGGUGGCCGUGUGCACGAGGGACAUUGGCUGGCGGCCCGACAGCACCCACCUGCUGGUGUUCUCCACCGAGUCGGCUUUCCACUAUGAGGCAGACGGUGCCAACGUGCUGGCCGGCAUCAUGAGCCGCAAUGACGAGGCAUGCCACCUGGACUCCUCGGGCACCUACACCCAGUACAAGAUGCAGGACUAUCCGUCCGUGCCCACCCUCGUGCGCCUGCUUGGCAAACACAACAUCAUCCCCAUCUUCGCUGUCACCAACUACUCCUACAGCUAUUACGAGAAGCUGCACACGUACUUUCCUGUCUCCUCACUGGGGGUGCUGCAAGAGGACUCCUCCAACAUUGUGGAGUUGCUGCAGGAAGCCUUCAACCGCAUUCGUUCCAACCUGGACAUCCGGGCCCUGGAAAGCCCCCGCGGCCUGCGGACAGAGGUCACCUCCAAUGACUUACAAAAGACGAAUACUGGGUCCUUUCACAUCCAGCGGGGGAAAGUGGGCACAUACCAGGUGCAGCUGCGGGCUAUGGAGUCUGUGGAUGGGACUCACGUGUGCCAGCUGGGGGAAGAGGACCAGAAGGGCAACAUCCACCUGAAGCCCUCCUUCUCGGACGGCCUCUGGAUGGAUGCGGGCAUCAUCUGCGACGUGUGUCCAUGUGAGCUGCAAAAAGAGGAGCUUUCAGCUCGCUGCAACCACCACGGCGACUUCGUGUGUGGACACUGUGUGUGCAGUGAGGGCUGGAGCGGCAAGACCUGCAGCUGUUCCACGGGCUCAUUGAGUGACAUAGCGCCCUGCCUGCGGGAGGACGAGGACAAGCCGUGCUCUGGGCGUGGCGAGUGCCAAUGUGGCCACUGUGUGUGCUACGGAGAAGGCCGCUACGAGGGGCCGUUCUGCGAGUAUGACAACUUCCAGUGUCCCCGUGCCUCCGGGGUCCUCUGUAACGUCUGUCGUGUCUCCGCCUCAGUCGUCCAUGCCAGAGCGUGCUCAGAGAAACAAAAGGAGAGCCCAGCACAUCUGGAGGAAGGCAGGCAUUUGGCACAGGCACAGCUAGGGCGGUGGGCCAGCGGGAUAGUGUCUUUUGAGAAGCCCGAGUACUCGGUCAGCGGCGGGGAGCAAGUGGCCCGCAUUCCUGUCGUCCGGCGCAUCCUGGACAAUGGCAAGUCCCAGGUGUCCUACCGCACACAGGAUAACACUGCACAGGGCAACCGGGACUACAUCCCCGCAGAGGGUGAGCUGCUGUUCCAACCUGGGGAGACCUGGAAGGAGCUGCAGGUGAAGCUCCUGGAGCUGCAGGAGAUGGACUCCCUCCUGCGCGGCCGCCAGACCCGCCGCUUCCACAUUCAACUCACCAACCCCAAGUUCGGGGCCCGCUUGGGCCAGCCCCACUCAGCCACCGUCAUCAUUGGGGACCCAGACGAACUGGACCAGAACUUCACAAGCCAGACACUGUCAUCGUUCCCUCACCAUGGUGACCUGGGUGCCCCCCAGAACCCCAAUGCCAAGGCUGCCGGGUCCCGGAAGAUCCUUUUCAACUGGCUGCCCCCUCCUGGCAAGCCAACAGGGUACAGGGUCAAGUACUGGAUCCAGGGUGACUCUGAGUCCGAAGCCCACCUGCUUGACAGCAAGGUGCCCUCAGCGGAGCUCACCAACCUGUACCCAUAUUGCGAGUACGAGAUGAAGGUGUGCGCCUAUGGGGCCCAGGGCGAGGGCCCCUACAGCUCCUUGGUGUCCUGCUGCACCCAACAGGAAGUACCCAGUGAGCCAGGGCGUCUGGCCUUCAAUGUCGUCUCCUCCACGGUGACCCAGCUGAGCUGGGCUGAGCCGGCUGAGACCAACGGCGAGAUCACGGCCUACGAGGUCUGCUACGGCUUGGUCAACGAGGACAACCGACCCAUCGGGCCCAUGAAGAAGGUGUUGGUGGACGCUCCCAAGAGGCGGAUGCUGCUCAUUGAGAACCUUCGGGAGUCCCAGCCAUACCGCUACACGGUGAAGGCGCGCAAUGGGGCAGGCUGGGGCCCGGAGCGGGAGGCCAUCAUCAACCUGGCCACCCAACCCACGCGGCCCAUGUCCAUCCCUAUCAUCCCAGACAUCCCCAUUGUGGACGCCGGGUGUGGGGAAGACUAUGAGAGCUUCCUCAUGUACAGUGAUGACGUUCUACGCUCCCCUCCUGGCAGCCAGAGGCCUAGCGUCUCCGAUGACACUGGCGGCGGCUGGAAGUUCGAGCCCCUGCUGGGGGAGGAGCUGGACCUGCGGCGCAUCACGUGGCGGCUGCCCCCGGAGCUCAUCCCGCGCCUGUCCGCCAGCAGCGGGCGCUCCUCCGACGGCGAGCCGCCCCGCGGGCCCCCGGACGACCGCGCGGACGCGGGCACGGGCGGGGAGGGUGGCGGCCUAGCGCGCGGCGCCACACCCAGGCCCCCCGGAGAGCACCUGGUGAACGGGAGGAUGGACUUUGCCUUCCCGGGCAGUGCCAACUCCCUGCCCAGGGUGACUGUGACCAACGCCACCUACGGCACCCACCUGAGCCCACAACUGGCCCACCGGGUGCUGAGUACGUCCUCCACCCUCACGCGGGACUACCACUCGCUGACCCACACAGAACACUCAGUCUCUGCCACGCUGCCCAGAGACUACCCCACCGUCACCUCUGUCUCCUCCCACAACUCCCGCUUGGCUGCCGGUGUGCCCAACACGCCCACCCGCCUGGUCUUCUCAGCGCUGGGACCCACGUCUCUGAAAGUGAGCUGGCAGGAGCCGCGGUGUGAGCAGGCGCUGCAGGGCUACAGCGUGGAGUACCAGCUGCUGAACGGCGGGGAGCUGUAUCGGCUCAACAUCCCCAACCCCAGCCAGACUUCAGUGGUGGUGGAAGACCUUCUGCCCAACCAUUCCUAUGUGUUCCGUGUGCGGGCCCAGAGCCAGGAAGGCUGGGGCCCAGAGCGCGAGGGCAUCAUCACCAUUGAGUCGCAGGUGCACCCCCAGAGUCCGCUCUGCCCCCUGCCAGGCUCCACCUUCACCUUGAGCACACCCAGCGCCCCGGGCCCGCUGGUGUUUACCGCCCUGAGCCCAGACUCGCUGCAGUUGAGCUGGGAGCGGCCACGCAGGCCCGAGGGGAACAUCCUUGGCUACCUGGUGACCUGUGAGCUGGCCCAUGGAGGAGGUCCAGCCACCACGUUCCUGGUGGAUGGUGACAGUCCUGAGAGCCGCCUGACCGUGCCAGGCCUCAGUGAGAACGUGCCCUACAAGUUCAAGGUGCAGGCCAAGACCACUGAAGGUUAUGGGCCAGAGCGUGAAGGCAUCAUCACCAUCGAGUCCCAGGAUGGAGGCCCUUUCCCACAACUCGGCAGCCAUCCUGGGCUCUUGCAGCACUCACUGCCAGGCGAAUACAGCAGCGUCACCACCACCCACACCAGCACCACCGAGCCCUUCCUCCUGGAUGGACUGACCCUGGGGUCCCAACGCCUGGAAGCAAGUGGCUCCCUCACCCGCCACGUGACCCAGGAGUUUGUGAGCCGGACGCUGACCACCAGUGGAACCCUCAGUACCCAGGUGGACCAACAGUUCUUCCAGACCUGAGCCCCCCACCCUUACCCAACAGUGUGCUGGAACCUGGGCCCCCACCCUGCCUCCUCUCCCUGGCUGUGGCUCAGCUACUCCAUCCUUGGACCCCUCGCAGCCUGGCACACGCGCAUCCUGAUCACAGGGCCAGUACGUCUGGCUACAGAGCAGAGGGAAGGUGUCCUCUGGGAGAAAUGAAGGGAGCAGAGGUCCCAGAAGGCCCUUCUGGCUGCAAGUCCCCUACCCCAGGCCCAAGCCCAUUUGUGUGUAACCAAAGAGCUGGGAGAGCAUGACAAGGGCCCAGCUUUGUUCUGCACUUAAUAGAAGAUUUUGCUACCGCUCGGCUCUGCCCCAUCCGUUCUUCCAGGGAGUGCCCGCACAGAGCAGGGGGGUGGUUCUGACACAGCCCCUCGGAUCCCCAAGCACACACCCACCUCUAGAGGCAGGCAGGCGGGUCACCAUGGUGGGAGGCACAAGUUUAUUGAGCAGCCAGAUGCAGAGGGCAGCGCCAGAGGCCUGGAGCUUCGUGACGUGCUGCCCAGCAGGCCCCCCGCCCCCGGGGUGCCAUCCCCGGGCGGCGCCUCAGCAGCUCAGCACCUUGGCACCAUCGGCCGCCCGAGAGAGG